UGGGCGAACAGGAGCAAGGGGAACGAGCAGCCAGAGCAGCACACGGGAGUAGCGGGGACGGGUGCUCUCGUCUGCCGAAUGGAACAUUCCCGCUGCUCCGAGAGCAGAGCAAAGAGGGGGAGCGCGUGACGUCAAGCGUCAUGUGACCAAACUGUUCCCGCGCUCGCUUCGCGGAACAUUUCGCGCGCUCGCGGUGUUCGCACGCAGUUUUUCCGCGCCAGCUCGGUCAGUGCAUGUCGGUGGUUUUGUGUCUGCCUUCCGCAUGAUGAUGAAUGAAGAAGCUCAGCGGAUGUUCAUGUCCAUGAUAAAGGGGUCACCGCUACCAUCUACAACAGUUGUUAUCGACGCCUUGGUCAUGCGGGAGAACAUUGACGAGAAUCCAGGCGGUAAGCGCCCACAACUAUUAGGCAUGGGGCCGUAUUUCGCACUACUUUCACCAGUUUCUUUUAAUUUAUCGUGCUGAAUGGACCAUUUCAGGUAACGGGAGUGUCGCGGCCUGUGAGGCGGCGACGGACGAGAACGGAGCACGUAAUUUACGCAUGUAUGCGUCACGACGCCCCACUCCUGUCCAACUUUCUCGUGCGGUUUUUCGUCACUUCUACCGGUUGACGCGUUCAAAUUACUUUGUAUGCCUGCUUGACUAUGCAAAGCAAGCCUCUUUGCGUUCAGCAUGCUCUAUUCAUCGCCACAGCAGGCGUUUACUAACGCGAAUAAAAAGAACAUUAUCAUUUCAAGUCGCACAGAAUAGGCACCUCGGCAUAGUAGUCACACCUUAAUUUCACGUGCAGUGACCGCCACUGCGUCAAACGCCGGUGAAAGGGUAACGGACCCAGUGCCCCAUGUGAUGAAAAGAGGUGGCGGAGCUCCCGAGUGGACACCAGGAGAAACCAAACUGCUGCUAGAUUAUUAUUACAAGUACUUUCCUCAGGUUGGCCCUUUCAAGAAGUUCAAGAACAAGAAGAUGCUUUUUAUACAGGUUUCCAAGGAUCUGGCUGAUGUGCUUGGAUGCAACAAAACGCCACAGCAAUGUGAAAAUCGCAUAAAAACGGUAAGAAGGCAGAAGAAAAAGGCGUGUGAUAAUAACAACAAAUCAGGCGCUCCACCUUGCCCUGUCCCAUUUGACGAUGAAAUGAGAAAAAUUGAAAGCAUUGAUGACAGUCUGGAGCACGAAGUCCAAAGGGACUAUUUUGUAGUGACUUACAAGGCAACUUCAUCAAGCUCCGACAGCUCAGCUGACGCGCCCUCAACUUCACCUGAAAACUCCAGUACUCUGGCGAGCGGUUCAGACAGUGGGGAAAGCACGAAAAUGCUAGCAGAUGCCAAGAAAAGGGGACUCCGCGCUAGUACUAGUCGUAUGCAGCAGAUGCAAUAUUUUUUUGACCAAAUGCAGGCUAUUAGUGCGGAGCGAGCGGCUCGCAGGGAAGAGCUGGAAAAACAGAAGGAGAAGAGGCGUGCCGAGCGGCGAGCUGAGCGCAUUCAAGAACGCCAGGAGCGCCGCAAGAUGCACGAAGACAAACUUCAGCUCAUCCGCGGGGCCCUGGGGCUCAAGCAAUAA